GCAGCUGGCGUCGGGGCGGUUCUGUGCGGGAAAGGGACCGAUUCUUGUAGGACAGAGACCGGGACACGGACCGGGCGGCGAUGCUGCACCUGCUCUUGCUGCUGGGGGCUGCAGCCAUCCAGGGGGGCUACUCCAGCCCAGGCCCGCACUCGCUGCGCUAUUUCUACACGGGGGUGUCGGAGCCCGGCCCGGGGCUGCCCCAGUUCAUCACAGUCGGGUACGUGGACGGGCAGCUGUUCAUGGACUACAGCAGCGAGCGGGGCAGCGCGGUGCCACGCGCGGAGUGGAUGGCGCGGAACCUGGACCCGCAGUACUGGCAGCGGGAGACGCAGAACUUACAGAGCGAGCAGGCCACGUUCCGAGCGAACCUGAACACCCUGCGCGGGCGCUACAACCAGAGCGCGGGAUUUCACACUGUCCAAGUGAUGUACGGCUGUGAGCUCCGGGGUGACGGCUCCAAAGGGGGGUUUAGCCAGGAUGCCUACGAUGGGCGCGACUUCAUCAGCCUGGAUAAGGACCAUGAGACCUGGGUGGCGGCAGAUGACGCAGCUCGGAUCACCAAACAGAAAUGGGAUGCUGACAGGAGCAUCGCUCAGAGACGGAGAGCCUACCUGGAGCAGGAGUGCAUCGAGUGGCUGGGGAAGUACCUGGAGUACGGGAAGGAGACGCUGCAGAGGAGAGAGCCACCGCGGGUGCACGUGAGCGACCGGCCGAGCCGGGACAGGGGUCUCACCACCCUCUCCUGCCGGGUCCACGGCUUCUACCCGCGGAACGUGGCCGUCGUGUGGCUGAAGAAGGGGGUGGCCGUGCCGCAGGAGACGAUCCAGUGGGGGGUGGUUCCCAGCGGGGAUGGGACCUACCAGACCCGGGCCACCAUCGAGAUUGACCCCAGCAGUGAGACUGAUUAUACCUGCUGUGUGGAGCACCCCAGCCUGACUGCGGAUCUGAGAGUGCCCUGGAGGUCCAAGUUCAACGUGAUGCUAAUCGUGGGUGUCGUUAUCGGGGUUCUUGUGCUGGUCGCUGCCAUCGUUGGAGCCGUUGUCUUCCUCAGGAAGAAGAGAGACGGCUACAAAGCGGCUGCAGCUCACGACGGCUCUGCCAGCUCCGGAAGCAACCAGGGAUCGGACACCUGUGUCAAGGCGUAACGGAGCCCGUCGGCCCCUGCGCAGCCGGCUGGAGGGAUCCCAGACUGAGGGGAGAGACCGGAGCAGAUCAGGCUCCUGGGAAUG